AUGAGAGAGAUCAGUCGCACCAGGCUCAAUUGAGAGAGAUGAGGCUCGCCGCGAUAGUGCUGGCUCUCGUGGCCGUGACCAUCACGUCAGAGGUCAACGCGGCGCCCCCGGAAAGGGCACGCAAUGCUGCAGCGGGAAAUAAGAUCCCAGAGCCAAAAAUUUACUUCCUGCACAUCAAGUCGGACAUCAAAUCGCGAUAUGCGAAAACCCUCGUCACCAGCAAAGUGGCCAACCCGGCGGAUAAGGCGCAGGAAGUUGUUUACCAAAUGACCAUCCCGGAAUCAGCCUUCAUUUCUAAUUUUACCAUGCUGGUGGAUGACCAGUUGAUGGAAGGUCAGGUGAAAGAACGAACGGAGGCAAAACACGAGUACCAUGCUGCGAAAGAAUCCGGACAAACGGCCGGACACGUUGCCACUGCCACGGUGAGGGAUUCUAAUCAGGUACGCAUCUCUGUCAACGUUGGUCCUCUGUCUAAAGUCACCUUCAAUGUGACAUACGAGGAGCUUUUGGCGAGGCGAAAGGCCAGAUACGAACUUGCCAUCAACGUCAACCCUGGACAGGUGGUGCCUGAUAUGUCAAUUGACGUUUUUAUUGAGGAAAAUAGGAACAUCACUCUUCUGCAGGUGCCAGAGUUCAGAUCAACCAAUGAAAUCGAUUUUGAGGAAAGAGAUGAAAUUUUCAACUUGACCCAAGUUACGAAAAUUUCCAAGCAAAAACUUCACUUAAAUUUUGCUCCAAGUGAAAGUGACCAGAUUAGGUUGUCUGGAAACGGAAAGCAAGGUCUUGGAGGUCGCUUUGUGGUCAGGUACGACGUGGACAGGAAAAAUCAACCAGCGAGCGAAGUUCUGACCAAAGAUGGGUACUUUGUUCACUUCUUUACUCCGCCCGAAGAGGAACCUCUGCCGAAGCAUGUUGUCUUUGUCUUGGACGUUAGCGGAUCUAUGUACGGAACGAAAAUGUCCCAGCUUAAGGAGGCCAUGAACGCUAUCUUGGACGAACUGAGGCCUCAAGAUUUCUUCAACCUGAUCGAAUUUUCACAUCCCGUCACAAUUUUGAAUCUGGAUACUCCGUCAAACAGCACUGUGAUCCAACUGGUUGAGAGCUCAUCCUGGUACGAACAAACAACCCCAUCUCCUGAAAAGGCCAUCAGGUCAGUUCCAGACAAAGUCGAUGCCUAUCCCGCCACCCCAUUCUACAUCUCCAUUGCCAAGGAGGCGGUUGAAAAAAUGUCAGCGAACGGAGGGACUAACAUUCAUGAUUCCGUGAAGGCGGCCAUUGAAGUGACCAAGAAAGCCGUUCCGAAUAAUGACAAAGAAGGAAAACUUCCUGCCCCGAUCAUUAUUUUCUUGACGGACGGCGAAGCGACGGUUGGAGAAACAAGCGCAGACCAAAUUUUGAAGAUUAUCCCAGAGGAUCAAAAGGAAUCGGUUCCUGUCUUUAGUUUGGCAUUUGGAGACGAUGCCGAUUUGAAAUUCUUGAAGCGGCUCAGUCUGAGGGCUGGAGCUUUUGCUCGGAAAAUCUAUGAAGCAGCCGACGCGGCUCUUCAGCUGAGAGACUUUUACCGCCAAGUGGCCUCACCUUUGCUCACCAACGCCACUUUUAACUACGACCAAAACAAAGUUGAAGGAAAGGUAUUGACGAAGCAGAAAUUUGGACUGGUAUUUUCUGGCUCCGAACUAGUGGUCGCCGGAAAAUUGAAUUCCGGUGUUGAAGAAUUGAGCGGCACCGUUUUCACCUCCAACAGGAACUUCCCGUUGCUCCCUUUCCCUGGCGAACGUCCUGAGCCGGUCGUGCGAGACACCGAGGACAACUUUCUGGAGCGAUUGUGGGCCUUCCUGAGCAUCAAGCAGAGUUUGGACAAGUACGAGGCUUGGAAGGUGGACGCGGCCCCUGCCAAAGAGGGCGAGGAAAAGUCUGCGGCGCAAAAGGCGAAAGAAGAAGCCCUUCGGCUGGCACUGCAGUUUUCCUUUGUCACACCAGUGACCUCCCUAAUUGUGGUCAAAAAAGACGACACCACCGCAAAGCCAAGCACAAACCAGAAUGACAUCAAGAAAAUUGUCAUACAAAAUGAGGAGGAAGACGAAGCCACUGCCUACCCCUCCGGCGCAUCUUACAGCGCAAUAGCCCUUCAGGCUCAAGGUGGCUAUUCAAUCUUAAAGAAACGAAUUACCCCAACUCGUCGUCCCAUUCGACCCUCAGGUCACGGCUACGGAGGAAGCUCCCUGUUGCAAAGAAUCCCUUCGCCACCAAGGACUACCACCCUCGCCUUACCAUCGGGUUUCAUCAUGCAAAAGGAGUCAGUUGCUGAGGAGGCUCUCGAUUCUGACUUUGAUUCUGAUCUUGUUCCGGCGAAUUUGCCAACCACGAUGACGGCACCGAUUGAAACAACAACGAUUGAAGCAACAAUUCCAAUUUCGAGCAUCCCCUGGUUGGUUCCCUCCGAGGGUGACAACAAUAGCUCAGAUUGGCAGAACUUCAAACUUGAAAACUCAACGGAAAUCUACAAAGUCCUGUCUUUUUCAAAGAGUCAAAACGUCACUGGCGAGGCCUGUGGACAAACCACCACUCCUGGAAUUUGCAGACCUUUCACUGCCUGCGUCUUGCGCAGUUUUUCUGAAACAACAUCAGCAGAGAAUUUCACCAAGAAUUUCAAAUGCGAUAUCAGCUUGGAAGGAGAAAUAUUUUUGGGAGCCUGUUGCCCGGUGGACAACGCAGGCGUCACUACCACGAGGCUGGAGGCUGAAGUUAACUAAAAGUGCAAAUGUUAUCUUUUGUAAUUUAAGCAAACGAACAAGCAGGGUUUUUAAUAAACAUAAUUUGAUAAUUUAUCCAAUACACAA